AUGGCCUGUCGUCCUUUGUGGGGCGAAGGCAGCGAUCUCCAGCUCAGCUUCCCAAAGCCUCCGCCCCCGGCACGGCCACUCUCAGCACCUACCCGGCGGAACAUCGACGAGGAGUUGCAGCAAUUGGAGGAAGCUCUUCGAGGUCCACUGCCGGUGCGCGAAGAGAAAGAGAAAGCGCCUUCGGAGUGUAAAUCAAGACCAUCGCUACGGGAGCCGGAGUUCAUCGACAUCAUGCAGACUACAGACAGGCCUUUCGGCUUUCUACCCUCUCCUGAGAAGCGAAUGACCUUGAUGCUGCCGCUCAAUGAUGGCACACCAGCAGCCACCGCUUUGGUAGAGGCGAUGCAAGGACAGACCUCACCGCGGAGCGAGCACGGUGGCUCAACCGUCAUGCGACAGCCGUCCGUUUACCGGGAGGGCUCCGUGCAGCAAUCUGUUGGAGAAGGUGCCUCAACGGAGGGAGGUGACAAUCAGUCCAUGGCAGGAGACGAGAUCAUCACCGGCCCGGCGGCCCGAAUGAUGCCGCGGAAGGAAAUCGUCCACAAGGUCUUCAACCGAUUGGCCAACGACGGUGAGGUCCACAAAGACUCGCUUGAAAAGGCGCUGGAGCUUAUGAGUAUCCGUCGCCCUCGUCUAGAAUGGAUGAGAUCCAUUGUGGAUGCACUCACACGGUACACGACCUUGAGUUUCGAUGAGUACUACCGGUUCGUGAGGCUUUAUUUGGAGAAGCAAUGUCUGGAGUACGAGCGCGCCUUCUUUCAGUUCGACAGGGACGGUUCAGGAACGAUUGAGGCUGCCGAACUCACAAGCCUUCUCCUCGAAAUCGGCAUCACGCCGAUGGAACAGGUGGUGUCGGAGCUAACGGCGGAGCAUGACUUGGACAACUCUGGGGACAUGGACCUUGGCGAGUUUUGCGCGGUCCUGGCCAUCAUCAACGAGCGCGAGGGCUUCACCAAAGCUGAGUACGAACGGGUCGGCUCCAGCUGGGAUAUUCAUCCCGGCAUUGAGCCGAAACUGGCCAGCUUGAGCCAUGGAGCAGCGCGCUCCGGGUGGGUGAUGGAGACAGAGUGGAAAGCCAGCACUGGCAGAGUUUCGCUGCUGACACGUUCGGGUGCCACAGUCCGUUUGGCCUACCGCGUCAGUCGGUCGGUCAAGAAGCUGGAACACGAGCUCGCUUCGCAGCCAGAUUUGGACAAGGAGAUUGUCGACAAACGAUGGACCGAAUUGCAUCGGAGGAAUGCCAAACUUGUGCAUCAGCACAUCUUGAAGUAUCGCGGUUUCCUGACGAAGAUCGGUCAGGCGGCCUCCAGUAAGGCAGGCAGCUUGCCGGCUCCCUGGGUCGAGGAACUUCGCAGCUUGCAGGAUGAGCUGCCCAUCUCCAACUUCCAGGAAGUGGUGCGAACCAUCCAGACGGAUUUGGGACGCCCUCUGCAAGACAUCUUCGAGAACUUCGGCCAGAAGCCGAUUGCCUCGGCCAGCGUGGGCCAGGCGCAUGUUGCAAAUCUUCGGAGCAAUCGCAAGAAGGUGUGCGUAAAAGUUCAACAUCAUGGAGUUGGCAGUCUCAUGACGGCAGAUCUCAAGACGGUCGAGUUUAUUGCCGGCCGAAUGGCAAGGUACCACCCGGAUGCACCAGACUUUUCUGACCUGAUCCGGGAGUGGCGUCGUGCCUCGAAAGAGGAGGUGGACUUCUUGCUUGAGGCGAAGAAUGCCACGGAUGCGUCGAAAGCCCUGCAGAAACGCGGGAUAGACGUUGUUUGUCCGAUGCCCAUCUCCGAGUACUGCGGCAAGAGAGUGCUGACCAUGGUCUUCAUUGAAGGCUGGAAGAUUACGGACGUGGACAAGAUGCCAUAUGGAACAGACCGGGAAACAAUGGCUCGCAACCUGGUGCAUGCCUUUGCUGUGCUGGUGUUCCAGGAAGGCUUGAUUCACGGAGAUCCGCACCCAGGCAAUGUGUUUGUCGAGCCGGUUAAGACCAGCAAUGGUGAUACACAAGUGCGUCCCGUGCUUUUGGACUGGGGCAUUGUGAAGCGCUUGGAGAAGGACGAGCGGAUCGCUGCAGCCAAGUGGAUAGUCGCUACCUUGGCACAGGAUAGGCUGCUCUAUGUGAACAGCCUCAGGGACCUUGGCUUCGAGUUCGAUGCGGAUCCUGAUAUGCCGGAGUUCGCAACUUUCGUGGAAGCAUCCUUGGGCCAAUGCGCCUUCAUGUUCCGCGACUCUAUACCCAGCAACUCUCAGAUGAAUUUCUUGCAGCAGAUGCAACAACACCAGGAGAAGGCAGAGAGCCAGGAAAGCAAAACAGGCAAGGACCAGAGCCGCCUCAUCGGGAAGAUCCCGGGGGUUGUGCUCUUCUUCCUACGUGGCUUAGAGAUGCUGCAGAACAUCUGUGGCAUGCUGGAGGUCACGGUUCCUUUUGCGACGAUUAUGCUGGACAGUUGCAUGCCGCUGCUGCAGAGCCAGGGGCGAUGGAGCCCUUUGGCUGCUAUGCCAAAUCCGCCAGGCUGCUCCGCGCUGGAGCAGAAGGUCCGAGCCAAGCUGCAAGCGCUGGACAACCAACAUCUCAUCUUGGCCGCCCAGGUCGCUGUGUUGGACCAAAGCGGGGAAAUUAUGUGCAAAGCGAGCUGCGGGCGGGUGGCCGUCUGCCACGGAGCGGCGAUCUCCGAUGAGACAGUGAUGCCGCUGCUGAGCCUCUCUGCUGGGCCUCUGCUGCUGUGUCUGUUGAGAGCCCUGACACAGCCUUCUGAGACAGGCAAAGCGGUGGCGCUCAGCAGCCCAGUUGCGCACGUGUGGCCGGACUUUACUCAGAAAGGCAAGAGUGCCACCAUUGAGGACGUCCUGCGACACCAGGCUGGCUUGGCGAAGCCUUAUCCAAGUGACAUGUCCUUGAAGGCCUUCUGCAGUGAAGGGCGGUUUGAACGCGCUAUGGCUGAAGCUCCGGCAUGUCCAGAAGGGGACGGGCUUUGUCCUGUUUUUGGCGACAUGCUGGCAACAUUGCUGAAGUGCAUGGGCGCCAGAAAGAGCACGGAAAAUGCUGUGGCCCAGCUUGAGUCCGUGGCUGGUGGGCGUGUGACCUAUUGCACGCCCGCUGGGCGAGGAUUCGCAGCAGAUGUUGGAAGGAAGCCGCAGGAUCGAAUAACUAUGGAGCGAAUCUACGAAUGGCUGGAGGAGAAGGUGGAAAGCUUGGACACAAUGGGCCGGAGCGGCGACGCCAGUCGGCGGCGGUGGCUGUCGUGGGCAGAGAUGGCCGCUGAAAAGCCGUGGCUGCUGGACCCUCUGCUGGUGAACCGCGAGGCAGUCCAAGUGGGGUCUGCCUGUCUCGCUGGUCGUGGUCUUCGAGCCUCUGCCCAAUCACUCUGCAAGCUGUUCGCCGCUGACUAUGUGCCACCAGAGAUGUUGCGCCACAGCUUGCAGCCCGGGAAAACUUUGCGCUUCCGCAACUUGCAGGAGUGGUGGGAUUCCAUCGGAGUUGCCGAGCGAGCCCUUGGUGGUUGGCAGCUCUUUCCCUUCAAGUCCAAGGAUGGCUCUGACUUGCAGGGCUACGGCUUUGCGGAUGGACAGACAGGCUCUAUCGUAAUCCGGCUGCCCAAUGCAACCAUUGUGGUGCUGCUCAGCUCUGUGUCAACAGAGACUCGCCACGCUGGCCGUUCUCUCCUCGACACCAUACUGGGCGAGUUGGGGCUGGAGGCUGCCUGGUCGGCACAGCCGCCACCCUUGCCCAAACGUGGAACCACCGGGACCACGACUGGCGCAGCGGCGGCAUCUUCCGAGCCCAGGAUGUCCGCGGCUGACAGGAGAAGUUCCGAUGAUUUGCAGCAGCAGCUCAAGAAGGUUGAGGCUCAGGUGGCGAAGUUGUCCGAGGUUUUGGAAUUGGUGCUGCCCGGAGCCAGUGCAGCGAUAUGCCGGGAUGACCCGGCUACCGCAACCUUGGCCGGCUUUUGGCUGAGUGAAGAGACCGAAGGCCUGGAUUCUCUCUUGGAGGCUUUGGAGGUGCCACAAAUGGUUUCCUCCAUGGCUUCUGCCGCAAGGCGGAGUCUGCGCAUCGAUGUGGAGGGGAACGAUGUCAAGAUUGCUUCCACGACAUCAGUGUGGAGCCGGCAAAUCGAGGAAACCACGACGAGAUUUCAAGUCGGACAAGCCUUCUCCGGCCAGCAGACGCUGGGGGGGGAAUUCUCCGGUCAGGCUUUUUGGAUAGAGGACGCCGAGGCUGCGAAAGGCGCUCAGCCGCAGCAACUGCUGCAGCUGGUGAAGAAUUUUGCAGCUGAAGGCUUCCAACUUGAAGAAACUUUCAAGAUCAAGUCGGAUGGCCGCCUUGCGCUGACAACAGCACUUAGUAGUGCUCAAAGACAGUUCGGCACGCGCAGGGUGGAGGUGCACAAGCCAGCGGAACUCGGAAUGCUUUGCAAAGCAUUGGAUCCCAAGGAUAUGAUGCUGACUCAGCAGCUCUCUCUUCCAGGGAACAUCAAAGCUCUUCCGAAUGGCAGCCGGGUCGUUGGAAUUGGGCCGGCAGAUGCGAAGGAAGAAGACGAGGCAGCUGAACCGCGAAGCUUUGGAGAGCUCGAGAAAGUACAGCUGCCGGCCUCCAUCUUUCUGCGGCUUGAAACCAUAAGGAGCACGACACAGUUCCGUCGUGAAGGCGCAUCGGAAGGAUUCGGCGCUGUUCCUGCUGAGUUGCUGUCCUCGCUACCACCGGAAGUGCAACAGGCCCUGGCAGAGCGACAGGCCGCAUCGCCUGUUUCAGCCGUUUCCGGCACCUCUUCGGCCUCUGCGCCCUUGCUGUCGCCCGGUCACAAGGCGCCACAAGCCAAGAGAGGCUGGCUGAUGACCUGCGGUGUGGGCUUGGGCAAGUUGUGCCUUGGGUCAUGCGGCCUUGCGGGCAAGGUGCUGCAGUUAAGUGGACGAGCCACGGGCUCCGCCUGCCACGCUCUUUGUUCGGACUCCAUCUCGAAUAGACUGCGAAGAUCAGGGGCCUUGCCGGCGGAUCGUUUAGAGUUUGUCAUCAAGGUGGACAGGACCCAGGAUGCCGGCCUCGGCAUUGAAGUCAACAAGACUGCUGAGGGCAAGCUCAAGGUCCUGCUGGUACAGCCAGGGCUGGUCCAAGAAUGGAACGAUCAGCAUCCCUCGCUGGAGGUGCUGCCGGGGGACAUCCUCCUCACAGUCAAUGGGCAGAAGGGAGACGCAAAGCAGCUGAUGGAGUUCUGCCGCCAGCAGCAGCCCUUGGAGCUUCGGUUUUGCCGGGAAGCGCCUUCUCUUUCCGUAGCACCGGUGAAGGACUCCGAGCCAAAGCCGCUGAAAAGCGAGCCUUCGCUGGCAGGUGGAUUGCAAAAUGAGCCAAAGGCGCCGCUUUUGCCUGAGCUCGAGGACGAAAUCCAGGAGGCCAUUCCCGAGAAGCCGACGGUGAACACCGGCCAGGCUGCGACCAAGCCCCAGUCGAAGUCUGUACGAUUUGAGAACGGCACAGGAGCUCUGGACAAAGCUUCCGGGGCGGAGCAUGGGCAGUUGGGACAAACAUCCUCGAAACGAGGUGUCCAGGGAGGAAGCUCCAGCAGUUCGAGCAGUGCGAGAGUGCCGAGAAAACAAGCGGAUACUUCUGUUUCGGCGGCCCCUCACCGCCAGAGCCAGGACCUCCAGGAUCCGGUAGUGGGGGCAAAGUUCACAGACCCACGCGGGAGGUUGGGCAACGCUUUAGGCAUUGUUGCCUUCUCUCGCUUUGGCACGGACGGCCAUGCUGAGAAGCUAUGCCGGUCGCAGAUCUUCUCAAACAGCUUCGAUCACGGAGCGUGCAGGCUUGUCGUCUCCGCUCCAUGCAGCAGAGCAACACAAAAGUUCCGCAAUGCCGAAGCUGCAUACCAGGCCACCUGGAACUGGCCUUUGGCCAGCAUGUUCCAGGAGCUUAACGCCAUGGCCGCCAUUAAAAAAGUGCAGCGUUUUGGCAGCCAUCGGGACAAGUCACGUGCAGGCUUUACGAGCAGCUGGGCGGCCAUGCAAGCCGUGCUUGAAGCGAAAUUUGCCCCGGAGUCACAAUUCGCAGCGGCGCUUCUGCGUACCAACGAAGCAUUCCUCCUGGACACAGGCCCAGGUGACGUGGAUCCAUCGGACAUUGCAGAGAAGGAUCUUCUUGAGAACUGGCUGGGCAUGCUUCUCAUGAUCCUGCGAGACAAUCUGUCCGGAAACAGCAGCUGGGCCAGCUACUUCGAAGGAAUGGUUUUCAAGCACUCCUACACCCUCUACAACGACGCUCAGACUGGUGGACUCGAGACCGACCAGCUCUUGGCUAUGUUGGGCUACUUGGGCUACGAAAUGAGCGCGGAGGUCGUGGCCAAAAUGCUGGAGGAAGUGGACAUAGACGGGAGUGGCACGUUGUCAUUCUCGGAGUUUUUGAUCUUCAUGCGGAAGAUCCGAGAAGAAGAACUUGAGCGAUUGGAGGAUGAGCUGGAACGACUGUCAAACUUGCCAUCUGGAGACAAAGAGGAUGUGUUGACUGGUUUACUUCGCAUCAUGGGCUACGUGCCGGACAAGGAGGCUGUCCGUGAUGCUGCAGUUGACAGCAACAUCAGCCUGGCCAAGCCGACGGUUCGACGAGCAAGCCUGGCCCAGCUGUUGCCUAACUCCGGGAAGCAGCCGGCUGGCUCAGUGUCUGCCGCCCCAACCUACAAGGCCACUGUGACCCUCUCGGAAGCAUAUCGUUUCCUGGAGGUGUACCGAUGCCGUGAAGGCUUUACACGAGCAGAGGCCAAUGAACUACAGGAGUACUAUAACCGUUUUGCACAGACAGCUGGCCCCGCAGACGCGAAGCGCAUCAGUUCCUACGAUGCUGCCAGGGCAUUGACGUGGCUCGGCUACCGCGCCUCGCACGAGGAUCACCAGCUGACUUUCUCCAAGGUAGACGUCGGCAAUGCGGGCAGCAUCAGCCUUGCUGAGUUCAUGAAGUUGGUGCGGAUUUAUCGUUCGGUGGAGUUGGAAGAGAUCCGUGCCUCUUUCCUCAGGAUUGGUCUUGCUGGCGGCACUGAAUCGGGCGAGGAGGGUCGCCGGGCGGCACGACACAGUCUGGCCUUCCUCGGCAUGGGACGAAGUAGCACUGAGAAGGCCUCGAAAUCUCGGGACGUGGAAGAUGCAAAGUACGGAGUGCUACGCAAUGCUGUGACGAAGCGCAGUCAGAUGCGGGCAAUCGCACAGAUGCACCACGGCUUCGGCGCCGACGAGGUUGAAACCAUGCAGUCCAGGUUCUCCCAAUACGACUCCGACGGCAGCGGCGCCAUUUCGGCAGCUGAGCUUCGUCUUCUUUGUCAGGAGAUGUUGCCCAAGAUCGCCACCGACCCCAAGUCUCGGCCGGAACUGAUCCGUCUGGUCAAGGAGAUGGACUCUUCUGGAGAUGGAAAUCUCAACUUUCACGAGUUUCUGAAAUUGAUGCGUGACUUGGAAGACAGCCAAAGAAAAGCAAAGUACGCGAAGGAAGAGCACAUUGUUGAUCAGCUGCCCUUCACCAGUCACCAGAUUCGGGACUUCCGUGAGAUCUUCAUUGAACACGAUGAGGACCGUGAAGGCUUGAUUUCCUUUAAGGCGGUACAGACACUCUUGUCUGUACUGAUACCAAUGGGAGAUCGGCGAGUUCUUCAGCUCUCCGAGAUUUGGCAGAGGAAUGUCCACGUGCCCAUGGCGCCAGAAGACCUUCAGUCCUGGACCCUGGACUUCCCGGACUUCCUCUUGCUGAUGCACGAACUGUUGGAGACGGAUUUCUGUGGCAUCAAGGCCAAGAGUGCCGCUGCCGUGACUGAGAUGGAGAGGCUGAAGAAAAGAUACAAGGAGCCGUCGUCACCGAGGUCCGUCAAGCCGUCUUUCACCCUCCCAGCUACGACGGACUCUCUCGUGCCGGAAGACGUCAUGUUAUCAUCCAAGGACAGCGGCAAGAGCAAUCAUGCCAGAGCGAGACACGCAUCCGCAACCAACGCCGCCGCCGCCCCCUCGCGGACCUCGGAGCAAAUUGACCAAGGCGGUGGAACCAAGAGCGGGCUCGUGCAGUUCUGCCAGCGGCGCAGAUGUGAGGACUGGAAGGAGGCCUUCCGCCAGCUACUCGCUGGCAGAGUACCAGAGGCUUCGGAGCUUUUCCGGUUCUUUCAGCGGUUUGACGAUCACAACAGAGCGCUUGGGGCACGCAACAACUUCGAGGGGAACACCACCGGCAUUUGCAAUAUGUUUUGGGAGCACUUCCAGCAUCAGGCGAUGCCAGCGCCUUCCCCGCUAUUUUUCCUUCAUUUCCUGAUCAAGAUCAUCGAGUACAUGUUAGCAGGCUAUUUGCAGGGUGUGGCUCAUGUCGCGGCCAGACGAGCGGUGGCCAUGGCCUGGUCCCUUUUGGGUUCAACGCAAGAAGAUCUCCGAGAAGCGGUGUCAAACCAGUCGGUCGAGCUCAUGCGCUUUCGAGGACAUGAUGUGGCAUACCUCUUCCAUGGACCUAUGGUAAUUGUCCGCAAAGCAGCAACUUGGCAUCGGUGCAAGGACUAG